CGAAAAUAAGUGCUCUGUUACAUCUCUUUCAUUGAUCCCAAGUAGAGUCCAUCAUUCUGAUUUACACCAUUUUUUUCCUUAUCGAACGAAGAGAUAGAUGCAUUAGCACCGUUCCCGACAGGUGGCAGUUUCUAUGGUAACAGACACACAGGCAAGAUGGCGUUCCUUCACUGGAGUUGCCAGGACGUGGCAAAAUGGAUAAGAUCCUUAGGAUAUCCACAUUAUACAGCCUGUUUCACUGAGAACCUCAUCACAGGUAAAAAGCUGAUUUAUGUAAAUUGCUGCUAUCUACCAAGAUUAGGAAUCACAGACUUUGAGGAUAUGAAGGCCAUCUCUGCCCAUGUGCGUGAGCUGCUGGGGACAUCAGAGCCGCUGUGGAGCCGCAGCAUCGCAGACCCCCCCAGAGACAGCAUGGGCCUGUUCCUGGAGAAGAAGAGCAGAACAGGGGACUGGGCCGAUUCCUUCACCUACACACAGUUCCUCGACAGGAAACAAUGAAUGGAAUCUGUCCAUCUGAUAAAAGAAACAUGAAUGAAUGAGCUGUCUGUCAGUGUGUUGUUUGUAAGAUGAUAUUAGUUGUGAAUGAUGAGACAAUAAUGUUCCAUUCAAUUACAGAUGUUGAGACACUAUAUCAAGACAGUGUUUUGUAAGGCACUUUGUGAUUAAAUUGGUGUUCUGGGGUGUGUA